CAGCCAUGAGUUUAGCAGCAGCAGCAAAUGGAUUUAUUGUCUUCCUUCUCUCUGUACAAGUGAUACAGGGUCAGGAUGACUGGAGAGUGACUUACACCUCUACUAAGAUCUGUGCUGUAAAAGGAUCAACAGUGGAAAUACACUGCAGCUACAGAUACCCAUCCAGAAUAUAUGGCCGUCAAAUUACAGUUGAGAAAACAUUCUGGUUUACCAACAUGUAUCCAUAUGAUCCUGUAGAUCUGACAACAGACCCACAGUAUUCAGGUCGUGUGCAGUAUGACUGUGAUAAGAUUAGGAACUACUGCACUCUGAGAAUCACAGACCUGAGAGAGAGCGACUCAGCUAAGUACAAGUUCAGGUUCACAACAAACCAACUCACUGGUUAUACUGGUGAACCUGGAGUCACUUUGUCUGUCACAGGUCUCCAGGUGAGCAGAUAUAAUAGUUAUAGCCUUAAGUGUCAAAGCAGUUGUGUACUUGUUCGCCCUUCCUUCAUCUGGUACAAAAACGGACAGAAAAUUAAGGCAGCAGCAUCUUCUUCUUAUAAUUUAGGCAACUAUAAUUACAAAGACAGUUAUUCUUGUGCUGUAAAAGGAUAUGAGGAUUCCCCCUCUCCUCCAACAUGUGCCGAUGGUCAAACCUGCAACAGAGUGAUGUACACUGUCAGAAACAUCUGUGCCUUCAAAGGCUCAUCAGUGGACAUUUCUUGCACUUACAGCAGUUACACGUAUUAUGUUGACUCCAAAUUCUGGUUCAGUCCUGAACGUAAAGAUCAGUGGCAGAAUCCCUCACAGCCUGAGGACCUUAGUAAAGACUCCCAGUUUGCAGGUCGUGUUCAGGUCAUUGACACAGAGGGAGGACGCUCCACCCUGAGAAUCACUGACCUGAGAGAGAGCGACUCAGCUGAGUAUCACUUCAAAUUCACAACACCAAGCUUUGAAUGGAGGAGUAGUUUACCUGGUACAACUCUGACUGUCACAGCUCUCCAGGUGCAGGUGACCAGAAUAACAGUUGGGCAGUCUGUUACUGAGGCAGAGCUGAAGUGUCACAGCAGCUGCAGUCCAGCUGGUCGUCUUUCCUACAUCUGGUUCAGUAAUAAAGAGGAAAUUACUGGGGUGGAGACGUCUUCUUAUAAAGCCCAGUUUGGUCUUAGUGACAACGUCUCCUGUGCUAUAAGAGGACACGAGGACUUCCCCUCUCCUUCAGUGUAUGCUCCAAAGCUUCCCUCUGUGUCAGUGAGUCCCUCUGCUGAGAUAGUGGAGGGCAGUUCAGUGAAUCUGACCUGUAGCAGUGAUGCUAACCCAGCAGCUAACUACACCUGGUACAAAAAGACCGUAAACCCCAGACCUCUCAGUGAAGAACCACAGCUCGUCUUCAGCUCCAUCCAGUCCUCUGACUCUGGACAGUAUUACUGCACAGCAGAGAACGAGCUGGGGAGGAGGACGUCUAAUGACUUCACCAUGGAUGUGAAAUAUGCUCCAAAGCUUCCCUCUGUGUCAGUGAGUCCCUCUGCUGAGAUAGUGGAGGGCAGUUCAGUGACUCUGACCUGUAGCAGUGAUGCUAACCCAGCAGCUAACUAUACCUGGUACAAGAAGACAGUAAACCCCAGACCUCUCAGUGAAGGACCACAGCUCGUCUUCAGCUCCAUCCAGUCCUCUGACUCUGGACAAUAUUACUGCACAGCCGAGAACAUGCUGGGGAAGAGGACGUCUAAUGACUUCACCAUGGAUGUGAAAUAUGCUCCAAAGCUUCCCUCUGUGUCAGUGAGUCCCUCUGCUGAGAUAGUGGAGGGCAGUUCAGUGACUCUGACCUGUAGCAGUGAUGCUAACCCAGCAGCUAACUAUACCUGGUACAAGGAGAACCAAACACUGCAUCAUGGACCAGAAAACAUAUAUGUUUUCCCCAGUAUCAGCUCAAAGGACAGCGGGAUCUACUACUGCAAGUCUGAGAAUAAGUAUGGCAAGAACAACUCCACAGCUGUUCACAUAGAUGUCCAGUAUGCUCCAAAGCUUCCCUCUGUGUCAGUGAGUCCCUCUGCUGAGAUAGUGGAGGGCAGUUCAGUGAAUCUGACCUGUAGCAGUGAUGCUAACCCAGCAGCUAACUAUACCUGGUACAAGGAGGAUGAAGACUCACCAAAAGCAUCAGGACAGAUCUUCACCAUCACUGACUUCACAGCUGAACACAGUGGGAAUUAUUACUGUGAAGCCCAGAACACAAGAGGACGUCAAAUAUCCACCUUACAUCUGACUGUUGUGGCAGGUGCCUGGAAAUUAGCAGCUGCAGGAACCAUCUCUUGUGUUCUCCUGGCUAUCUUAGCAGUCCUCGCUGUCUUCCUUUGGAUAAGAAGAAAAAAGGCCCUCACACAACAGUAUCAUGGCGGAGAGAGACCUGACAAUGGACCACAGCUAAACAUGGGUCCAGUGUAUGACGCCCCAUCAGCUGCAGCACAAAGACAACCAGCAGAGCAGCAGGAUGAGCUUCAUUACUCCAGCAUCAGCUUCCCUCAGAACCAGGAAGAAGCUCUCUACUCUAACAUCAGGCCAGCUCAGCCCCACAGGCAAAGAGAAGAAGAGGACGAGGACAGUGGUGUUGAAUACACUGCUAUCAAAACUGAGAGUGCCAAUGGUGCCCCGGGAACAAGACGUCAAGAAGAUGGGGAGGAUUUAUUUGCACUCUACAGCACGGUCAAGAAAUGAACUCAACAUGAACGUGUGGUCUGUUAUUUAUUCAUGAAGUUUUAUGUGCACCUUGAUUAUUUAGCAGGUGGCCACAACGAGGUUAGAAAUACUGUGCACUGCUCAGGACAGCAACCACUGCACCACCAUGCUGCUAUAAUUGCAAUUGACCCAAAUCAAAAAACUAUUACCUCUUUUCCGAGUGUAGGAGCCAUGUGUGUGUGUGUCAUGUUGGUAAGUCUGGUAGCCUUGGACCACGAACCCCGUUUUUCAUUUGGGGGUUCCCGGUCUAGACUGAUUCACGUCUCCAUAAACGUUCAAAUCAAACAUGUAAUGUACUCACCUCAUAGGCACAGAUGUUAGGAAGGUGUACGGGGGGUUGCCGUGUGUUUUCCGUUAUUGUUCAAUAAACAUGCAUUUUAUCUCGGAUGUCUGAAAUUUUCUUCACCCCUUCUUCGUCCUGCAAUGAAUGAGUGCACCGAUUUUCUACUGCGCCACAGCGCCACAAUAGCGGUUGGGAGGUGUAUUGCACAUUGGUAGUAAGAGGCUCUAGCCUUGGACCAAGGGUGCGUCCCAAGUCUCUUAUUUUAUACUGCUAACUCCUAACUCCUUACUUGAACCAGAAGUCGUUCAAGGUCCGCCAUCUUUAAGGCCGUCUCAUGUCUCUUAUUCCUGCCAGUAAGGAGUUAGCGUUAGGAGUUAGGAGGGAUCUGUUAGGUGCGAUGAGUAAGGUAACACGAGAGGUUCCGAACAGGAAGUCUUUUUCAGCUUGAGGCCAUGACGUAUAAAUACCCGCCCCCUACAUCUGGCUCAUUUGAACGAGAUGGUGGAGAAACAGCGCAAGUGUAGCCGUUACAUGCAUUCUUUGCAAUGAAACGCUGUAAUUCACAUGCCUACGUGACUACAAAGAGUAACGUUAAUGAUAGUUUGUGCAAGACUGUCAUGUUGUUAUUAAGUUUAUUUCAUUCACAACCUGUUGCAUUCUUCAGCGGACUGUCUGUGAUGUGUGGCUGUUAAAUGUGCAGCUGCUCAUGUCCAGAUCCACAUGUGUUGAUAUAACACCACGCACACACGAACACACACACACACAAACACAUUUGCCCAUCAUUAAUUGUCCUGCAUGUCAUGUGAGUGGAAUAAUGUUUAAUAGCUUGUAGGUAAUAUUAAUUAUUAAUAUUAAUAUUAAU